AUGCAUGCUGAGCGCGGCGCGCAGCCGCAAAUCACAGUCUCGAUGCACGACGCGGCCCGCGACCAGGAGGCGGGCACACCACGGGGCGGCGAGCUGGAUCUGCCGGUCUUCACGGUAUCGGCGUCGGACUGCCAGAAGCUGGAGAGGCGCCGCAGCCGCGACGGCCAGCCGCACACCUUCACGCACCUGCGGGACACCGGGAUGCCCGAGCUGCGGGACCACGUGCGGCAGAUCGCCGCCCGCGGCCGCGCGGCGGCGCUCAAGGCGCUGGCCGGCAAGCUCAGCCACUUUGUGGGCCAGGUGACUGAGGAGCUGGGCCCCGCCAUACAGGAGGCCUACGAGUCCACGCAGGCCGGCCUCAAGUUCCAUCUGGACUGCCAUGUACGCGCCUGGGCAAUGAAGCUGGAGGCCAGCUGGCUCUAUCAGGGGCUCACGCCACGGCUUAAGACAGGGGCAGCGCAAGCUGACCGUAAGGCGCCCACCAAGGUCGUUGCGUGGCGCAGCAGCAGCGGCAAUAAGGGCUGCGGGCUCUACUACAUGACCUACAAGGCCGUAGUGCGGCGCAACGGCGGGCCCUACGUGUCGCCCAGCGCCGGCGAGAUCAACUUCAACGGCGAUCUGGUGGAACCCAUCCUCGAGGCAUGCGCCGUGAUCUGGGACGCCACCUUCAACCAGGGCCGCCUUCGGCCGCUUUGUUUCCCCCAUUCCAACAUUGAAGCGGGGGCUGCUGCUCACGUUGUUAUUGUUACCAGCAGCCCCAGGCAGUCCGUGGUCAAACUUGGCCUAGAGGCAGGCCCCAUUGCGGCAAUGGUGGAGCAGGUGGCGCGCAACGAGCAGCGGCGGCUGGAGGGCACGAUUGAGAAGGUGGUGGCCCUGGUGGAGGACCGCCAGAAGAGCCUCUCACGCAGCGUGCUGGAGGGAGAGGUGGGGGCGGGGGAGGGGGAGGUAUCCAAACCUAUCAUGGGGUAA